CAAAGUGUCAGAAUUUGAAGUUUGAAAAGGGAGUCGCUUACAGUGCGCUCGCUUCAGUUGAUAAAGCCUAUUUACUUUAUUAUCUUUUUGUCAUGUAUUAGUUUUACUGGAAAUUUUAUGUGGGUGACUACCAGAAAGACAAAAUGGCAGAAGAGUCCGCUGUUAAAGUCUGUGUUCGAGUCCGUCCGCUUAUUGAGAGGGAAGAAAGUGCUGCAUCGGAGGAUACCAAGCCUGUCCAGCUGUUUUGGAAAGCUGAUAAGAAAUCAAUUCAUCAGAUCGAUGAUGGGAACUCGACCAAAAGCUUUAGCUUCGAUCGAGUGUUCGUUGCUGAAGAAACAACCAAUCAUCUGUACCAGGACAUUGCAAAGCCCUUGGUUGUUUCAACAGUUGAGGGAUACAAUGGAACCAUAUUUGCUUACGGGCAGACAUCCUCUGGAAAGACUUUCACCAUGAUGGGGAGCGACCGUAUUCCUGGAGUAAUACCUCUAGCUGUUGAGGAUGUCUUCCAAACCAUUAAAAAUCGUCCAAAUAAGGAGUUCCUUCUCAGGGUGUCUUACAUGGAAAUCUACAACGAGACUGUGACUGAUCUGCUUGUUGACAGCUGGAAGAGAAAACCCCUGGAAGUCCGAGAAACUAUCAAUAAAAACAUCUAUGUAGCUGACCUGACUGAGGAACUGGUGACUUCUCCUGCACAAGCCCUGGCCUGGAUUCGUAAAGGAGAAAAGAAUCGUCACUACGGAAAGACUAAAAUGAACCAGAGGAGCAGCCGUUCACACACCAUUUUCCGAAUGAUCCUGGAAAGCCGUGAGAGGAGCGACCCAGCAUCAGGUGAAAAUGCUGAUGGAGCCAUUAUUGUGUCCCAUUUGAAUUUAGUUGAUCUAGCUGGAUCUGAGAGAGCAAGCCAAACAGGAGCUGAAGGCACACGCUUCAAAGAAGGCUGCAAUAUCAACCGCAGUCUGUUCACACUCGGCCAAGUGAUCAAGAAACUAACCGAUGAAAGCCAGAAGGGUUUUACAAACUACAGAGACAGUAAGCUAACCCGCAUCCUGCAGAACUCGUUGGGUGGGAAUGCUAAAACAGUCAUCAUCUGCACCAUCACUCCCGUCACACUAGAUGAGACACUCAGCACUCUGCAGUUUGCCAGCACUGCAAAGAAAAUGAAGAAUGAUCCCCAUGUCACAGAGGUGUCUGAUGACGGGGCUCUACUCAAAAGAUAUCGCAAUGAAAUUGUAGACCUCAAGCGACGCCUUCAAGAGGUUUCUUCAGUCACACAGACCACAGCGACAGAGAAGGAGGUUCUCUCCCAGCUGCUCCAAGAGAAGGAUCAGCUCCAGAGAGAACAACAGGACAGAAUCAGGAACCUCACCAAACUGAUCGUCACCAGCUCCAACCUGGUUCCUGUCAAACGGAUGCCGAAACGCAGAGUAACAUGGGGAGGGAAGAUGCUCCGGCUCGCCCGUCUGUCUGGCUGUGAGGGCGGUCAAUCUGACCUCAGCUUUGCAGAAUCUUUCAGUCAGAAGAGGAAGGCUGACCGCUCCUGUUUGAUGGAGCUGGCUGAGGAUGAUGAGGACUUUGACUCUCACUGGGAGAUUCCUGAUGAGCCGUCAGAUGACAUGGAGAUGAGUCAGAGCUCUGUGACUACUCGUAGCUUUGGAGACAGUCCCAAAGACUUCGUAUCUCCAGACCGGAUGUGUGAGCUUUCAGGUAAAGUGUCCAACCUGGAGAUGCAGCUGGCAAUGGAAAAUCAGCAGAAAGAGGAAGCCAUGAUAAAGGUGGAAACAUUAGAUGGCAGAGUGGCAGAGCUGGAGCUGCAGCUACAAGCAGAAGCUCAGCAGAAACAGGAGGCCUUAGAGAAAAUGCAGACAUCAGAACAGAGAGCAGCAGAGCUCGACCUCCAGCUCCAAACAGAAGCUCAGCAGAAGCUGGAGGCCACGGAGAUGUUGGAGUUAAGGGUGGCAGACCUGGAGAGACAGCUAGAAGAACAGAGUCACACACACAUGGAAGCUGAUAAACAGAUGAGAAGAGAAUUUGAAGAGACCAUCCGGCUUUGUGAGACUCUGGCUACAGAGAAGGACAUGGUGAUGACUGAGCGAGAUUAUCUGAAGCAGGAACUGGGGAUGUUCAUAGAGCAGACUAACAGCCUGGAGAAAGAGAAAAUUGCUCUUUCACAUGAGCUGGAGGAGAAGAGAGAGAUGGAUGAGUUCAAAACUCUGGAAGAGGAGUUCAGGAAAGAGCAUGAGAGCGAGUUGCAAAAUGAAAUAUCCAGCUUGAAGAAGGCCAUGGAAUCCUCUGAGCUUCAAUGCUCGGAGCUUCAGAAAAAACUAGAAACUGUGUCUGAGGAGCUGAAGAAGAAAACUCAAUUUGCAGAGGAUCUUCAGAGUAUGAACGGUAAGGACUUGGUACAGGAGGUGGCGAAGCUUCGUCGCUCCUUGGAUGACGCUGAGGGUCUCAGCAGAGACACAAAGAAAGAGUGGGCCGUCCUGCGCAGCCAGAACAUCGCUCUGGAGGAGACGCAUGUGACUCUGACUGCCAACCAUGACAAGAUGGAGGCUGAGGUGAACAGCCUGCGCUCUCAACUUGCAGCAGAGAAAUCACGCUACCAAAAAAUGCAGUGCGAUCUCCAGAAAGAGCUGAAUGUUGCAUUUGAUGAGAACACCAAGCUCACCACUCUACUAGAUGGCAAAGUCCCCAAAAAUCUGAUAGAUAGCGUGGAACUUGAGAGAACAGUGACCAACCUGAAUAAAGAGCUGGCAGCAUCUCGUGAAGCAGAGGGAGCCCUCAGAGCUCAGCUGGAGGAGGUGGCUUCACUUCAGGCUCUUCCAAAUAAAGUGGACAACCUGAUGAAACAGGUGUGUGAGCUGACUGAGGAGCUGUGUGCUGUUCAGAGUCAGAGGGACAGCCUGCUCUCAGCCCAAGCUGUAGGCCAGGAGGAGGCUCAGCAGCUCAGAGACUUCCUGCAGACAUCUCAGGAUCAGAUUAUAAAAAUCCAAGCAGAUCUUAGUGCUGCUGCACAGAGAGAAAACGACCUGAACCAGCAGUGUGCUGAUGCCACACAGCAGCUGGAAUCACUGCGCUCAGACCUGGAGCACUGUGAUGCUGAGAAGAGUCAGCUCAUGGCUACCAUCAAAGAGACGGACUUAAGACUGGAGGAGAGUGAACAACACAGAGCAUCACUAGAGGAGAAAGUGCAGCUGAUGAAGGAUCUGGAAGAGAAGCUUGCUGACAGUGAAGUUUCCAGAGCCACAGAGGAGGAGAUUAGUAAAGAACUUCAAGAACAGCUGAACCAGCUGACUGAAGAGCUUCAGUGUGUGCGAGCUGAGAAAGAGGCUCUCCUGUCUGAGCAGAAUGUCGGUGUUCAAAGCUCUGCAGAGGAGAUGGAGAAGCUGCUCUCUACAGUCACAUCUCUCACCGCAGAGAGAGACCAGCUCAAGAUGGACUUGCAGGGAAAUAUGGAGAUGGCUGUAGAGACUCAAGGUCUUCUCCAUUCUCUACAAGAAGAACUUCAAGAGCAGAAGCAGAAGAAUUCAGAACUGGAAAAACUCCAUGAGCAGACGGAAUCUGGUUUAGGAAGAAAUAUGCUGAGUCUAUCACAAGAGCUACAGAGUGUGCAAGAUGAGAAAGAGACUCUCCAGAUGUCCGGUGGUCAGAGCUCAGCAGAGGAGACGGAGAAGCUGCUCUCUACAGUCACAUCUCUCACUGCAGAGAGAGACCAGCUCAAGAUGGACCUGCAGGAGAAUGUAGAGAUGAUGAUUGAGAUUCAGGAGGAGCUGAGGACAGCCCUGGAGAAGAAUCAUGAGCAGAAGGAGCAGAUCAAACAGCUGGAGACUGCACAAACACCCAACUCAGAUGGACCGCCCAAUGACAUGAGUGGCCAGCUAUUGGAGCUGCAAACACAGACUCAGAGGCUGACUGAGGAACUUGAGAGUGUGCGAGCAGAACGAGACAGUCUGCAAUCUGAGAGGACAGCUGACCCUCAGACCUCCACAGAGGAGAUGAAGGAGCUGCUGUGCAGAGUGACGUCUCUCACUGAGGAGAGAGAUCAGCUGCAGGAGAUACUGGAGGGACUGAGACAGGAGAAGAACCAGCUCAAAGCAGAGCUGGAAGACAGGAUGGACAUGGUUGUUCAAGCCCAGACUGGCUUUAACCAGCCAGCAAUGCUGAGCUCAGAACUGCAAGCAGGAGAUGAGAGAACAACACAACUUCAGCAAGAGACAGAGAAACUACAAGCCAGUCUACAGGCCGUCAGUGAGCAGAAGAGCCAGUUGGAGGCUGAACUACAGCGUAACAUAGAGAUGACUGCAGAGACUCAGAGCCUUCUACAUUCACUUCAAGAGCAGCUCCGAGAGCAGAAUGAAAGAAGCCUUGACCUGGAAAGAUUAAGUCAAGAGCAGCAAGCUCAGCUAGAACAACAGAUAAAGACUCUAACUGAAGAGCUUGAAGGUGUGCAAGCUGAGAGGAAUGGCCUGUUUGAGAAGGAGGCCAGCUGUCAGACCUCCACAGAGGAGAUGAAGGAGCUGCUGUGCAGAGUGACGUCUCUCACUGAGGAGAGAGAUCAGCUGCAGGAGAUCCUGGAGGGACUGAGACAGGAGAAGAACCAGCUCAAAGCAGAGCUGGAGGACAGGAUGGACAUGGUUGUUCAAGCCCAGACUGGCUUUAACCAGCCAGCAAUGCUGAGCUCAGAACUGCAAGCAGGAGAUGAGAGAGCAACACAACUUCAGCAAGAGACAGAGAAACUACAAGCCAGUCUACAGGCCGUCAGUGAGCAGAAGAGCCAGUUGGAGGCUGAACUACAGCGUAACAUAGAGAUGACUGCAGAGACUCAGAGCCUUCUACAUUCACUUCAAGAGCAGCUCCGAGAGCAGAAUGAAAGAAGCCUUGACCUGGAAAGAUUAAGUCAAGAGCAGCAAGCUCAGCUAGAACAACAGAUCAAGACUCUAACUGAAGAGCUUGAAGGUGUGCAAGCUGAGAGGAAUGGCCUGUUUGAGAAGGAGGCCAGCUGUCAGACCUCCACAGAGGAGAUGAAGGAGCUGCUGUGCAGAGUGACGUCUCUCACUGAGGAGAGAGAUCAGCUGCAGGAGAUCCUGGAGGGACUGAGACAGGAGAAGAACCAGCUCAAAGCAGAGCUGGAGGACAGGAUGGACACACUACAAACUGAGAUGAGCACUUUAACAGAAAAACUGGAGAGUGUGGAAGCAGAGAGAGACGGUCUGCUCUCCAAGACGGAAGCCAGCUGUCAGACCUCCACAGAGGAGAUGAAGGAGCUGCUGUGCAGAGUGACAUCUCUCACUGAGGAGAGAGAUCAGCUGCAGGAGAUCCUGGAGGGACUGAGACAGGAGAAGAACCAGCUCAGAGCAGAGCUGGAGGACAGGAUGGACACACUACAAACUGAGAUUGUACAGCUGAAUACAUCUCUACAGACUGUUACUGAGCACAAGAGACAGCUGGAAGAUGAUCUGCAGCAGAGCGUGAAUGUGGCUUCCACAACUCAAGACCUUUUGAAGUCGGUCCAAGAGGAGCUGUGUGAACAGAAGCAGAUGAACUCUGAUCUGGAGAAACUAAGUCAGGAGAAGGAGUGUAAUUUAGAUCAACAGAUAAGGACUUUAACAGAAAAACUGGAGAGCGUGGAAGCAGAGAGAAACAGUCUGCUCUCUGAAAAGGAAGCCAGCUGUCAGACCUCUACUGAGGAGACGAAGGAGCUGCUGUGCAGAGUGACGUCUCUCACUGAGGAGAGAGAUCAGCUGCAGGAGAUCCUGGAGGGACUGAGACAGGAGAAGAACCAGCUCAAAGCAGAGCUGGAGGACAGGAUGGACAUGAUGUCUGCCACCCAGGAGAAGUUGAGCGAGCAGGAGCAGAUAAAUGUGCAGCAGCAGGCUGAGAGAGAAGAACAAGAGACCAAGCUUCAACAGGAAGUGCAGCAGCUCGAGGAACAGCUGAAAAUAUUCAGAGAGAGGCAAACCCAUGCUAAAGCUGAAGCAGAUGCCUCACAACAGCUGCUCAGUGAUGCGAACACAACCAUCUCAGCACUCAGAGAGCAGCUGAGCAGUUUGGAUCAGAGCACCAGUGAUGUCAAAAAGACAGCGUCAUCACGGCUGCAGGACUCCACUCUGCAGCUUCAGGAGUCCUUCAAAAGAUUCCAGCACUUCAUAGACCUCUGUUCCAAGAAUAACUCCAGAGCCCUGGACAAAGCCCUGAGAGUGCAGAGUUCCCUGAAGCCAAAAGAUUUAACUUCCCUUCCUAAACCCACGAUGAAUGCCUACAGCGCCGUCUGUCAGCUGGAACGGCAAUCUGCUCAGAGUCUGGGAAAUAUUAGUGAGCACCUCCAGGUGCGUGCUCAGGGCUACAGGAAUCUGUUUGAGGAGUUGGUGAAGAAAGAUUUAGCUGUGUUUGAGGAGAGGCGUCUGCAGGAUUUGCUGCUGUGCAGGGCGCAGGCACCCAGCUACUCCAUCAAAGAUGAAGACUUCCACACACUGUGGGAACACAGACUGACUGAGCUGCUGGAUAAGAGGCAGCUCUACCUACAGAAAAUGGGUAGCAUUUUGGAGAAGUUCUGGACCAACAUGGCGUCUUACCCCAGUGAGCUGUCAGCUGAGAUCAGAGAGAGGGAGAGGUUCAAGGAGCAGUUCCAGGCAGUGUGCACCAACCAGCCAAUCAGCUUCAGCAGUCUGGACAGCAUCCUGAGCACUUAUCAGAGCCACAUAUCUGCAGUGGCACAACGCUGGAAGAUGACUCUGCAGGGGAUUAUAGAUGAGCAGCGCGGUCUGUGUGAGGAGCUGAAGCAGCUGGAGGCUCAGGCUGAUUCUCAGCUGAGAGAGGAGAGAAGCAAGAGUUUGACUCUGCAGCAGGCUCUGCAGGGAGCUCCACUCAAAACAGAGCUCUCCCUGCUGAAGGACAACCAGCAACUCGCUCUUCAGCUCCAGCAAGCUGAGGAGAAAGUCAAAGCUCUGUGUGUACAGAAUGAGCAGCUGGAGGAGGCUCAGAUCAAAGCCAUCAACAGAGUGUCCAACCAUAAACAGGCCACACAGCUCCUGCAGACAGAACUGCAGGACAGCCGGGCAGAAGUUGAGGAGCGAGAGAACACAAUCCGAAGCCUCAAGAGCAAACUGCGAGAGUCUGAGAAAAAUUCACCUGACGGUGUUGAGCUGGAAAAACUGCGGACUAAACUGUUCAAAAUGGAAGUGGAGUUGACUUCAGCAUCUGAUCUACACCAACAAGAGGUCCAGAGGAUGACCACAGUGCUGAAUGAAAAGGAAGAGUCACUGAGGAAGCUGAAGGAAACCCUGAGGAAAUCACAGCAGCAGGGAGAGGAGUCGUUCCUGCAGGGGGAGGACCUUCAUGCCAGGCUGACAAACCCCAGAGGCUUGAUGAUCAAGAGCAGCAUUCACCUGGAAAAGACCAAACUGGAGGAGGAAGUCAAACAGCUUCAACUGAAAAUAGCCGAGCUGGAGAGCUUGGUGUCCAGUCAGCUUGCAGAGAUCAACAAGUGGAAGAGCAGAGCCAUCAAGCUGAAGACAAAGAACAAGGCCGAGCUGGACAAGCCUCCAUCACCCUGUACUCCCACCAAGAGGGGCCUUCCCAUGACCUCAGACUCCUCCAACUUCCUCAACUCACCCAAGAAGUUUCUGGUUACUCCUAAGAAGAUCCUGGACUCUCCCAGGAAGCUGUUGGAUUCUCCAAAAGUCUCUCUGCAAGACUCCCCCAAAAGCAGAUUCUUUGAUGUGGGUGGAAGCUCUGAGCUGCUGUCCAGAACCUAUCCCAAGCAGUUCUUUGAUAACUCCAGCCUGGGGACCAUUCCAGAGGUUUCCUGUGUUCCUGAUACGACAGAUUCAGAGAAGGAUGCAGCUGCAGGUGCAAACAGACAGGAUGAGUGGUGGCCUCAGUCUCCAAAGCAAGAGGAUAUGUGUAAACAACAGUAAAGUCUUCCACAUGUGCAAUAUUUUUAAUGUCCUUCGUCCUUUUCAUUGUUUCUGAUUUUAAUGUUUUCUUGUAGUUUGCAAAAUAAAGCUUCUAAUUAAAAAAUGA